AUGGCGGAAACAUACGACGUCGGCACGCGGGCGUGGCAGCCCGAUGCCACCGAGGGCUGGGUAGCUUCCGAAGUCGUGAAGAAGGACAUCCAGGGCUCCAAGGUCAUACUGGACUUUAAGCUCGAAAAUGGCGAGACAAAAUCUGUCGAGGUCACCACAGAAGCUCUGGCCAGUGGCAGUGAUCCGUCGCUGCCACCACUGAUGAACCCGACCAUCCUCGAAGCCAGCGACGAUUUGACAAACUUGUCCCAUUUGAACGAGCCUGCAGUUCUUCAAGCUAUCCGCCUUCGCUACGCCCAGAAGGAAAUCUACACAUACUCCGGCAUUGUUUUAAUAGCAACAAAUCCCUUUGCCCGUGUCGACUCCCUCUACGUCCAUGGCAUGGUCCAGGUCUACGCCGGCAAGCAGCGUGCCACCCAGGCGCCCCAUCUGUUCGCCAUUGCCGAAGAGGCCUUUAUCGACAUGCUGCGCGACAACAAGAACCAGACUAUUGUCGUCUCCGGUGAAUCGGGUGCGGGCAAAACAGUCAGCGCAAAGUACAUCAUGCGGUACUUUGCGACGCGCGAGUCACCCUCGAACCCCGGGUCUCGGUCCAAGAAGGGCCCUGAUGCCAUGAGCAAGACCGAGGAGCAGAUCUUGGCGACAAAUCCCAUCAUGGAAGCCUUUGGCAACGCCAAGACCACCCGCAACGACAAUUCGUCCCGUUUCGGCAAGUACAUCGAGAUUAUGUUCGACGACAAGACCAACAUCAUCGGCGCCAAGAUCCGCACCUACCUGCUUGAGCGCUCGCGUCUCGUUUUCCAACCCCUCAAAGAGCGCAACUACCACAUUUUCUACCAGCUGGUUGCUGGUGUAACCGACGAGCAGCGCAAGGAGCUCGACAUCCUCCCUGUCGACCAGUUCGAGUACCUCAACCAGGGUAACACCCCAAUUAUUGACGGCGUCGACGAUAAGGCUGAGUUUCUGGCCACCAGGGACUCGCUCAAGACCAUCGGUAUUGAAGAGGCGGAGCAGGAUGAUAUCUUCAAGCUGCUGGCCGGUCUGUUGCACUUGGGCAACAUCAAGAUUGGCGCCACACGGACCGAUGCCGUCUUGUCUGCGGAGGAGCCUGCUCUCGUGAAGGCCUGUGACAUUCUCGGCAUCAACGCGUCCGAGUUUGCCCGCUGGAUUGUCAAAAAGCAGCUCAUCACCCGCGGCGACAAGAUCAUCUCCAACCUUUCCCCCGCCCAGGCCUUUGUCGUCCGUGAUUCCGUUGCCAAGUACAUCUACUCUAGCCUGUUUGACUGGCUGGUGGAGGUGAUCAACAACAGCUUGGCCACCGAGCAGGUCCUUAGCCGUGUCCAGUCCUUCAUUGGUGUGCUCGAUAUCUACGGUUUCGAGCACUUUGCCAAGAACUCCUUUGAGCAGUUCUGUAUCAACUACGCCAACGAAAAACUGCAGCAAGAAUUCAACCAGCACGUCUUCAAGCUCGAGCAGGAAGAGUACCUGCGGGAAAAGAUUGACUGGACCUUUAUUGAUUUCUCCGACAAUCAGCCAUGUAUUGACCUUAUUGAAGGCAAAAUGGGCAUCUUGUCACUGCUCGACGAAGAGUCGCGUCUUCCCAUGGGCACCGAUGAGCAGUUCGUCCACAAGCUGCACCAGAACUACGCACAGGACAAAAAGAACAAGUUCUACAAGAAGCCGCGGUUCGGCAAGUCGUCUUUCACCGUGUGCCAUUAUGCCGUCGACGUCACCUACGAGUCUGAGGGCUUCAUCGACAAAAACCGCGACACUGUUCCCGAUGAACACCUUGCUGUGCUGCGUGCCUCUAGCAAUAAGUUCCUCACUCGCGUUCUUGACGCUGCGUCUGCCGUCCGUGAAAAGGACCUGGCCUCGUCUGCGACUACGGCUGUCAAGCCGGCUGCAGGCCGUCGCAUCGGCGUUGCCGUUAACCGGAAGCCGACACUGGGUGGCAUCUUCCGCUCCUCGCUCAUUGAGCUGAUGAACACCAUCAACAACACCGAUGUGCACUACAUCCGUUGUAUCAAGCCCAAUGAGGCCAAGGAGGCUUGGAAGUUCGAGGGUCCGAUGGUCUUGAGCCAGCUUCGUGCUUGUGGUGUCCUCGAGACUGUGCGCAUCAGCACAGCAGGUUACCCAACUCGGUGGACGUACGAAGAAUUUGCUCUGCGGUACUACAUGCUCGUCCACUCCUCCCAGUGGACCUCAGAGAUCCGCCAAAUGGCAGAUGCCAUUCUGACCAAGGCUCUUGGCACAAGUACGGGGAAGGGCGUUGACAAGUACCAGCUGGGUCUGACCAAAAUCUUUUUCCGCGCCGGUAUGCUCGCCUUCCUCGAGAACCUGCGAACUACCCGUCUCAACGACUGUGCAACCAUGAUCCAGAAGAAUCUGCGCGCCAAGUACUACCGCCGCCGCUACCUUGCGGCUCGCGAGGCCAUUAUCAAGGUCCAGGCCGCCGCUCGCGCCUACAACGCUCGCCGCCGUGCCCAAGAGUUGCGCACGAUCCAGGCAGCGACCACCAUCCAGCGUGUGUGGCGCGGCCAAAAGCAGCGCAAGAACUUCCUGCGCAUUCGCGCCGAUGUCGUGCUGGCCCAGUCAGCUUUCAAGGGCUACUUGCGGCGCAAGCAGAUUAUGGAAACUCGCCUCGGCAAUGCUGCCCUUGUCAUCCAGAGAGUCUGGCGCUCACGCCGUGCCAUGCGUGGCUGGCGGUCGUACCGCAACAAGGUUGUCCUGGUCCAGAGCCUGUGGCGUGGUCGCAAAGCUCGGCGCGAGUACAAGACCAUUCGCGAGGAGGCUCGCGAUCUGAAGCAGAUCUCAUACAAGCUGGAGAACAAGGUCGUGGAGCUGACACAGUCACUGGGCACUAUGAAGGCUCAGAACAAGGAACUCAAGAGCCAGGUCGAGAGCUACCAGGGCCAGAUCAAGUCAUGGCAAACGCGCCACAAAGACCUGGAGCAGAAGACAAAAGAGCUACAGACGGAGGCCAACCAGGCCGGUAUUGCUGCGGCCCGUCUCUCGCAGAUGGAGGACGAGAUGAAGAAGCUGCAGCUCAGCUUCGACGAGUCAACCACCAAUGUCCGCCGCAUGCAGAAGGAGGAACAGGACCUCAAGGACUCGCUGCGCGCCACCAGCACAGAACUCGAGACUGCCCGGCAAGAAGUCACCAAGUCCGAGGCCGAGAAAAACAGCUUGCGCCAGCAGCUCGCCGACAUGCAGGAGGCUCUGGAGCAAGCCCGCCGCUCUGCUCCUAUCAUAAACGGCGACAUGAACGGCGCCGCCCACGACGUCAACGGUGCCCAGCCGGUGGCCAACGGCCUGAUCAACCUUGUUUCUUCCAAGAAGCCCUCGAAGCGCCGCAGCGCCGGUGCCGAGCCGCGCGAGUUGGACCGCUACAGCACGACGUACAACCCAAGACCCGUUUCGAUGGCUGUCACCGGCCGCCAGAACGGUGCUGGUGUCGACAACGUGGAGCUCGAGCUCGAAGGCCUGCUGGCCGACGAGGAGGGUCUGAACGAGGAGGUCACUCUCGGCCUGAUCCGCAACCUGAAGAUCCCGUCGCCGAACACGACACCGCCGCCUUCGGACAAGGAGGUGCUUUUCCCUUCGUACCUGAUCAACCUGGUCACGUCGGAGAUGUGGAACAACGGCUUCGUCAAGGAGUCGGAGCGCUUCCUGGCCAAUGUGAUGCAGUCAAUCCAGCAGGAAGUGAUGGAGCACGAUGGCGAGGACGCUAUCAACCCUGGCGCCUUCUGGCUGUCCAACGUGCACGAGAUGCUCUCGUUUGUGUUCCUGGCGGAAGACUGGUAUGAGCAGCAGAAGACGGACAACUACGAGUACGACCGCCUUCUUGAAAUCGUAAAACACGACCUGGAGAGUCUUGAGUUCAACAUUUACCACACCUGGAUGAAGGUGCUCAAGAAGAGACUGCAGAAGAUGAUCAUCCCGGCCAUCAUUGAGUCGCAGUCCCUUCCCGGCUUCGUUACGAACGAGAACAACCGGUUCCUUGGCAAGCUGCUUCAGUCGAACUCGGCUCCUGCCUACAGCAUGGACAACCUUCUCAGUCUGUUGAACAGCGUGUACCGCGCUAUGAAGGCGUACUACCUGGAGGACAGCAUCAUCACGCAGACGGUGACGGAGCUGCUGCGCCUUGUCGGUGUGACCGCCUUCAACGACCUUCUGAUGCGGCGCAACUUCCUCUCUUGGAAACGUGGUCUCCAGAUCAACUACAACAUUACCCGUAUUGAGGAGUGGUGCAAGAGCCACGACAUGCCCGAGGGCACGCUCCAGCUGGAGCACUUGAUGAUUCAGAAGCUACUGAACCAGUACCUGGUCGCCGACUACGAGCAGCCCAUUAAUGGCGAGAUCAUGAAGGCUGUUGCUUCCAAGGUCAACGAGAAGGGCGAUGUCCUAUUGCUGCAGGCUGUCGAUAUGGACGACAGUGGCCCGUACGAGAUUGCCGAGCCGCGUGUGAUUAUGGCUCUCGAGACAUAUACGCCGUCGUGGCUGCAGACUCCGAGACUCAAGCGCCUGGCUGAGAUCGUCUCGGCGCAGGCAAUUGCUCAAGAGAAGCAGGACAUGGAGUACGAGGAGCAGCCGGAGCUCGCCGAUGUGGACGAGAUGCCCGAGGCCAUUGAGGCCAGCGCCUAG